AUGCUUUCCGGCCCGGAUCCAAACUCAUAUAAAAAACCAGGGCUCAAACUCGUCCUCGAGGAGCCACGAUACGAUGGCAAUGGGGGAGCCCAUCCCAUCACCACGCCGGUGGUCUCCCACCUAUAUACCCCGAAGGCGCACACCACGGCGCCCCAUAGAUCGCGGCCCAGUUUGCGUGUCGCCCUUCCGCUCGUUUCGCUUGAAGGCCCUGCUCCUAACUUUCCUGAAAAGCCCAGAAGGCCGUCAAAAGCACCGGCCGAUCACAAAUUACGAACAUGGCGCUCAGACCAGAAUCUUACUUGCGGUAGCCUGGAGACAUUCGGUCUUCUACCUAGUCCGCCUAUAACAGAAUCGCGCCCCGCAAGUGUUGGUCCAGAGCUAUCUUACUUUGAUUCUCAGUCCUCGGAUGAAUCAAGCCCGCCAAGUGUCGGAAAAGCAGAGAAGGACGAGUCUGAUACCCCUCGACCGGAUCGUUCCACAACGCCUGCAACGCUCGAAAUCGGAGAAAGAAUACAGUACACAGCGUACCGUCCCCCAGAUUGGAAAAAUAAACCGCGAACAGAUGUCAUGAAUGUUCAUGAAGCCCACUCAGAGUUCGUACGCCAGUGCGAGUCGAGCAAUGCACAGGAGUCAAGAGCCGAAUCUCCCGAGAAGCCUGCAACCCCAACGCUGGUCCACAGCGAGAGAGUCCUUGUUCCUGGGAGUUCACCGAGACCUCAACGCCCUCGGACUGGGACAGCCUCGAGUGAAGCUAGCUGGGUACCGACCAAUUUCUCAUACUGUGAAAGAUGGUUGCAAGGUGUGCCAGUUGACAAAAUGAAUGACCAAAAUUCUUCUACAAAGGAGUUCAACAAUCGGCGCAAGUUUCAAAUUGUCGAGAAUGAUCCUCCAAUGCCAAAACUGGACAUAAUCCCAGGAGCAAAAGCCCUUGAAGAACCUGUAAGAUUUGUUGUUGCUAGCAAGACAAAGCCAAAGCUUGUCGACAUCGCUCGACAAUCAUCACCAUCACUUCCCCUGCUCCCACCUCUAUCAUUGCUGCCACAGGUUGUACCGACAACCCCAGAUCAGCGCCAAGAAGAAGUAUCCGCAUUUAGCCCGGACACUCCGCUUAAUCUAUCAGAUAGUGGCUACGGAACUCGUGACUCCAGUUAUUCCUUCGAUAGCUAUGAUGAUAGGAAAGGUGAUGACGACGACGAUGCAUAUACCGACCCAGGGUCAUUGACCUCUUCGGAUAGCGUCGGUUCAACAGUGAUCGGUGAACGGCCUGACACCGCGCAGGGAGAGCGCGAGACAAGCCCACAACCUGAAAUCAGAUCGGGCAGCGUGAGCCCAAAGGCAUCAUCACCACCAACAGUUCAUUCACCAGGACAGACUUCUAUCAUAUCCGAAAAGGAGAAUGAAAAACCACGGCUAUGGCACCAUGACUGGACGCUGGACGAUCAUGAAUGGACCCUAGAUGAGCUGGACCACUCAGUUAAGGAUUUUCCCCGCCAUAUGCUCCGGCUCGCAUCCCCUGUUAUUGUAUUCCUUCGCAAAAAUGACGAAAAGGCCCUUAUUAAGCCCUUCCGCACUAUAUUCCCCGGUGUCACAGAAAACCUACUCGACUGUCUCUGUGCUGCCCUCCUCGCUCGAAACUACCUCCUUUCUCUACCAAACCUUCACCGAGCCAAGCCGCCUGUCCCUUUGCACAAGGAAGCAUACACAGUGGACGGCGUCCCGAAAAAAGCAUACACCACCUUAGGCAUCCAGCUUCCAUCUGGGUCUACUAGCAAGCCCAAGGAUCACCUUUUCAACUCUCGAAGCAAAGACCUCCAGGCACACCUUGAUCGAACCGUGGACAAUCUGUUAUUCGCCAUCUGUGGCCGAUCAGAUCCUACUCUGAAAUCAGCCGUUGAAGUCCUCGCCCAAGUGCUUGAAACCAAGGCUUAG